UUGUUUCUCCGACAGAAAAAUGGCUGCCCACUUGUCGUACGGCAGAGUGAACCUAAAUAUACUGAGAGAGGCAGCACGGAAAGAGCUUCGAGAGUUCCUGGACAAAUGUGCAGGAAGCAAGGCAAUAGUUUGGGAUGAAUAUUUAACUGGGCCUUUUGGACUGAUUGCCCAGUACUCUUUGUUAAAGGAACAUGAGGUGGAAAAGAUGUUUACCCUGAAGAGCGGCAGGCUCCCCUCGGCCGAUGUCAAAAAUAUUAUCUUUUUUGUCCGACCCAGGCUGGAGCUCAUGGACAUCAUUGCUGAGAAUGUAUUCAGUGAGGAUAAGAUGCACACACCCCGAGACUUCCACAUCUUGUUUGUGCCUCGGCGGAGCAUGCUGUGUGAGCAGCGGCUGAAGGAGCAGGGCGUGCUGGCCUCUUUCAUCAACAUCGACGAGUAUAUCCUGGACCUGAUUCCCUAUGAUGGCGACCUGCUGUCCAUGGAGUAUGAGAGUGCUUUCCGGGAGUGCUACCUCGAAAAUGACCAAACCAGCUUGUACCACACAGCCAAAGGCCUAAUGACUUUACAGGCUCUGUACGGCACCAUUCCGCAGAUAUAUGGGAAAGGAGAUUGUGCACGACAUGUUUCCAACAUGAUGCUGAGGAUGAAGAGGGAGUUCGCCGGCAGUCAAAACCAGAUUCUGCCCGUGUUCGAUACUCUUCUUCUGCUGGACCGUAACGUUGACCUGCUCACCCCUCUGGCCACUCAGCUCACCUACGAGGGUCUCAUUGAUGAGAUCUAUGGAAUCAAUAACGGUUAUGUCAAGUUACCUCCUGAGAAGUUUGCACAGAAGAAACAAGGUGAAGCAAGUAAAGAUUUACCCACAGAGCCCAAGAAGCUCCAGCUGAACUCCGCAGAGGAGCUUUAUGCUGAAAUCCGGGACAAAAACUUCAACGCUGUUGGAGCUGCUCUCAGCAAGAAGGCUAAAAUCAUAUCCGCUGCGUUUGAGGAACGUCAUAAUGCUAAAACAGUCGGGGAAAUCAAGCAGUUUGUGUCUCAGCUGCCUCACAUGCAGGCAGCAAGAAGUUCCCUGGCGAACCACACUUCAAUCGCUGAGCUGAUCAAGGACAUUACCACAUCUGAGGCUUUCUUUGACAAUCUGACUGUGGAGCAGGAGUUCAUGACCGGCGUUGAUACAGAUAAGGUGAACACAUACAUAGAAGACUGCAUCGCGCAGAAAGAUCCGCUGAUCAAGAUCCUGCGGCUGGUUUGCAUGCAGUCGGUCUGCAACAACGGCCUCAAGCAGAAGGUGUUCGAUUACUACAAGCGGGAGAUUCUCCAGACCUAUGGAUAUGAACACAUCCUGACGUUGAACAACCUGGAGAAGUCGGGUCUUUUGAGGCCGCAGACCGGCUCCAGGAAUAACUACCCCACCAUCAGGAAAACCCUCAAGCUGUGGAUGGAGGAUGCCAACGAGCAGAACCCCAAUGACAUCUCGUACGUGUACAGCGGCUACGCCCCGCUGAGCAUCCGACUGACUCAGGUGUUGGCGAGGCCCGGCUGGCGCAGCAUCGAAGAGGUGCUGAAGAUGCUCCCAGGUCCUCACUUUGAGGAGAGGCAGCAGCUUCCCUCCGGGCUUCAUAAGAAACGCCAGCAGGGAGAGAACCGGACGACUCUGGUGUUCUUCCUCGGCGGGGUGACGUACGCAGAAAUAGCCGCCCUGCGUUUCCUCUCGCAGAUGGAGGACAGCGGCAUGGAGUACAUCAUUGCCACCACCAAACUCAUAAAUGGCACCACGUGGAUCAAGUCCCUCAUGGACCGGCCCGAGUCCCAGACACCCUGAGUCACCUGCACUGCACGCACACCUGGACACAUCAAACGCCGCAUCCAUCAGAAAACCUCAGCUGAGGGUUUGUUUUUUUUUUUUUUUUACUUCCCCCCCACAUCAGGCUACUGCAGGUGCUUCAUUGAUGUCUGAGCUGUUUAACCAGCAGCGGCAAAACUCUUUAAAAGGUGUCCUGUUGUCCUGUUCCAGUCUUUCUGGAAAUAAAUUCAUCUCAUACAAGAAUUCUUUCGGCCUUGAACUUGUAUUGCGCGGCUUUCAGUUUCCUGCAUGUGGAAGAUCUACACUGAAUGACCUGCACAUGUACAACCCAGUGCACAUAACCCUGAUCAGUGCUACUAUAUUGAUUUGCAUCACUAAGCUUGUUGCUGUAGUGUGCAGUUACUGGAUGUUUUUUUUUUUUUUUACAUUUGAAGCCUUUUUGAAUGUUUGUGAUGAUUUCAUGUAUAAAACUAAUAAAGAUUAAUUUUGAUUUGCAUUUUUUUAAAGCUUUUGACCCCAUCUUUCUGUUAUU